AUGAGCUCAGAAGGAGAAAAGGCCAGGACCUCCGGCGAGGUCUCUCGUCCGGAACCUGCUCUGCCCACCGUCAACCCUGCCGCCGAGAAGUCGGAGCCUCCCAAGCCGACCUUCCAUCCUGCUAUCUACGUGAGUGUCUGGAUUGCCCUGAGCUCAAGUGUCAUUCUCUUCAACAAGAAAAUUCUUGACAAUCCUCAAGCCCCUUUCCGUUUUCCUAUCUUCCUUACGACAUGGCAUUUGGCAUUCGCGACCCUGAUGACUCAAAUCCUUGCUCGCACAACUACUUUGCUUGACGGUCGGAAAACUGUGAAGAUGACGGGUCGGGUAUACCUACGUGCUAUUGUUCCCAUCGGUCUCUUCUUCAGCUUGAGUUUAAUCUGCGGUAAUGUGACCUAUCUGUAUCUGAGUGUUGCCUUCAUCCAGAUGCUCAAGGCUACUACACCGGUCGCCGUGUUGCUGGCUACAUGGGGCAUGGGAAUGGCUCCCGUCAACCUGAAGGUCCUCACAAAUGUUGCCGCUAUUGUCAUUGGUGUCGUUAUUGCUUCUAUCGGCGAGCUGAAGUUCGUCUUAAUCGGGUUCCUCUUCCAGCUUGGUGGUAUUGUCUUCGAGGCUACUCGCCUGGUUAUGGUCCAGCGCCUGCUUAGCUCCGCCGAAUACAAGAUGGACCCUCUGGUCUCUCUCUACUACUUCGCACCCGUAUGUGCCGUCAUGAAUGGCAUCACUGCCCUCUUCAUUGAGGCUCCCAAUAUGACCAUGAACCAUAUCUACUCUGUUGGCACCUGGACGUUGCUCGCUAAUGCCGUUGUUGCCUUCUUGUUGAAUGUUUCUGUUGUCUUUUUGAUUGGCAAAACUUCUUCCCUAGUCAUGACGCUCUGUGGGGUUCUUAAAGAUAUUCUCUUGGUUGCUGCAUCCAUGAUGAUCUGGAACACCCCCGUCACCGCCACGCAGUUCUUCGGUUACUCGAUUGCUCUCAUCGGACUCGUGUACUACAAGCUUGGUGGCGAUAAGCUCAAGGACUAUGCGGGUCAGGCCAACCGUGCCUGGGCCGAAUAUGGCGCUACCCAUCCAGCUCAACGGAAAUCUAUCAUCAUCGGCGCUAUUGUUCUGAUGUUUUUCCUGCUCAUCGGCUCCAUGGCUCCAAACUAUGCUCCCGAAUCUAUGGACCGCGUGAAGGGCAUGCUUGGUGGAGCCAGCUCUGGAAACGCAUAA